UGCCGAAGUGAGUCGUAGUUUGCAGGAGCUCUGCAGCGUGCCUCACACGUCUCGACUUAUUUUAAACUCCACUGUUGUAGUUUUAAGGGUACCGAGUGGACAUUUUUACGCGUAGCGCGUGGAGCAGCGCAGUUUGAAGUGGGAGAGAAAGAAAAAAAGAGCUUCAACCGAUCAACUCAACAUGAGUCGCCCUCUGCACGGUUUUCCUCCUUCACUUGCGGGAAGCGUACUACACCUGACGCAUCUCUCUCUCCCCCUCUGGAUCUGAUCUUUUUUUUUUCUUUCCUUUAAAAAAAAUCGUCUCAACUGGGUUAUUAUCCAUCUACGACGCGAGAAUUUAUGGACCCAGGUGAUGAUCCAUGAUGACACUUACUGAAAGCCCUAUCUGAGCUGAAACCCACCGUUGUAGGACCCUGUGGAUGACAAGGUUUUGGCAGAUUUGCUCACGAAUGCUGAGAGUAUGGUGAAAGCUCAGCAGUGCCAGCCACUGAAAUAUGGAAAGUGCCAGAAGAAGAAGAAGGAAGGCAAGGAAAAGGGAGGUGGUAUGAAGAAAGGGAAAAGGGGAAACAAUGAUCUGAAUGGAAAGAAAAAGAGAGACAAGAAAGGCUCAUUACGCCAACGAAGGAAGACUGUAGCAACAGGUAAUGGAGAUGCAUUAGCCUGUUGCGUCCUGCUUACCCGUCUGGAGGAGAAAGGAGUUCUUGCUAAAGACAAGAAUUCAUCAAAAGCUAGGAAGAGAAAGAGUGUUAAAGUAAAAAAGAGGCACUGCUUCACUCAAAAAUUGACCAAAUCUGGACCUAUGGAAACUUCCACAGCCAAUCAGCAGACACUGGAACCAAAAAACAAUCAAGUUGGCGCCUUGUUUAUGUUGGCAUCAGCUGUUGAUGUGCCCCGCAGGAGGAGAAUGGCCUCCCUCAAUGCUGAGGCUGUCAACAGUUUGCUGCUCUACAGAAAUAAUUCCAUCAUGACAAAUCUCUCAAAAAAACUGCAGCCUUCCAGUGAAGAUGCAGGCAAAGAUCUUACAAAAACCAAAAAGGUUUCUUCAGGAGAGAAAGUCUUAAAAGAAAGACCCAAAAAACGAAAGCGGUCAGCAGCUCAGGCUCAGAACAUCGAUUGGUUGAGUUUGCUUGCUCCGACACCGCGGCGUCAGGCAGGCCUCACCGCUGCAACGCUGCUCAAACUCACCAGUGCCCAAUACAGAAGCAAACGGCAGAAGAAGACUGAGCCCAAGCCAGGAAAUGGAAAUGAACCAGCAGCUAUCACUGAAGAUGGCACAAAUGGUAAGCCUGUAUGUGGAGAAACAACACAGACCAAAAAUAGAAAACAUCCCAAACAGGAAGAGCACAAAAAACGGGGCACAGAUGACACGUUCCCUUCCCGGUUGAACUCUACCGCCCAGGGUUGCUGCAGCUUGUGUAAGACAGAGAUUUUGGAUCCAGAGUGGAAGAGUGCUACAGGAGGACAGGGCUGUUUCAAACAUGCUUUCCAUUGUGGCUCCUCUUUGGGAUUCUCCUUAAAAACAAUCAAAGAGGAGCAGAUGGAGACGGAAGUGUCUUCCUGCUGCUGCUGCUCUCAGGAGAGAUGCGUGGAGUACUGUCACAGACUGGCCCUCUUUCUGGAGGACAAGACCUCCAAGGAACCAGAGAACGGCUCACUGUCUGAAGUGUUCCACCACCACCAUCAUCAUCACCAUCAUCACCACCACCACCACCAUCUUCAGUCAUCCCAUUCUGUAGCUCACCCUGCAGCCAUAACCAUCAGCCCUCACACAUACACCUGUUUCCCAGGCUACUACGUUCACUUCAACCACCCAGAUAGCUCUCCUUCUCCCAUACUCGCUUUGUGCCCAAGGAGCAGCAAGAGGCCGAAGCUGCUUCCCCACACAGAUCCACAGCCCUCAGGGAUUAGCCAUCCAGUGUACUGCUGCACUUCAGUGGAGGCAUGCUAUGGAGAGCCCUGCAGGAUCAAUGGCUACUCUGCUUAUUCCAGUGUGAUUCCAGCCAUCACCACAGGAGGGUGCCCCUUCAGCCCCACAGGCUGCACCAAAUGUAAUCACGGCAUCAACAGAGAUGAAUACCCAUCAACCCUCCCUGACCACCACGGCCCCUCCUCAAUCCCCAUUUGUCCCAGCCCCAGAAUCCUUACUGGCUGUCCCAUUUCCACUGUGCCUCCAGCCGGCCAAUCAGUGCCCCACAUUCAGACUCCACUAUCAGACCCCAGCCAACCUCAGCCUCCACUACAAGUGGCAAAAGAGUGUCCACAGAGUGCCAAGCCACCCAGCGGGUCAAGGUCUGGUGCACACGGCAGCUCGACUGUCUCCCCUCUGAGCAGGGACAAGAAACAGAAGCUCAGCUCUACCAAUGUUGGGGGACAAACAGUUGCCAAGCACCCAAAGAAGAGCCGCCAAAAAUCCACCAACGGCUGGAGGGCAGUUGGCUUGCCCUUUGAGAAGGAGGUUUUCGUUGUGGGAGAGGAGACAAUGGUGCUGAGAAAGUGUUUUGAGGGAAUCUGCAGAGAUGGGGACCUGAUUCGGGUCAGAGACACUGUUUUGUUGAAGUCUGGACCUCGAAAAAAGUCUUUGCCUUAUGUGGCCAAGGUCUCAUCUUUGUGGGAGGACCCAGAAUCAGGAGAGCUGAUGAUAAGUUUGUUUUGGUACUACCGUCCAGAACACACACAAGGGGGUCGCAACCCCAGAGUACAUUGUGAGAAUGAGAUCUUUGCAUCUCGUCACCAGGAUGUGAACAGUGUGGCCUGUAUUGAAGACAAAUGCUAUGUCCUAACAUUGGCACAGUAUUGUCGAUUUUGUGCCUUGGUAAAACGCCGCAGGGAGGGGGUAUGUGACAACGCAACCUCCCUUGUGGUGCCACCCAUUGUUGACAACGCCAUGCCCACCCACCACUGUGUGCCCGAUGACGUCGACCCAGAGCUGGUGUUUUUCUGUCGACACGUCUAUGACUUCCGCUACGGACGCCUCCUUAAAAACCUGCAGUAGGAUGUGAGAGGGCGUGUCACAUUAUGCUGCAGAUGUGAGAUGUUACCUUAGUAUCAGUUUCCAUAAAUUUUGAUUUGCUGCUUGCUGCCUAGUACGAAGGGUUAAGAGUUUAUUUUGCUUCAAAAUCACAUGUUCAUACUUACAUUUAUUAAGUACAACUAAUGGUUUGACAUGGUAUGUGAGAGUAUGGCAGUUUAAGUAGUCUUUGUCAUUCAUGGCUCUGGUUUUGUAGCGGCUGUGUGCAGAACCUGGAACGUACUCUGCUGUAGAAAAUGCUACUGUAGCUCUUAGAAAUGUGACACUUGAUAGAUCUGCAGUUGAUGUUACAUGUAAUAAUGCUACUCUCUGCGUGACAGAUAUCAGAUGCGUAAAGUGUUUCUGUGACACACUAAGUAAUGAAAUUUUAAGGCAUAUCAAGCAACAGCUGUCUUUGUGAAGAGAGGAGGGAAAUAGAAAUGUCUCAGCAGCUGAAUACUGCAUCGCAUCUCAUAAGUCUCAUAAGUAUCUGUAAUUUUCAGAUGAUAAUGUCCAUCUGAUAGUUGAAACAUAGUUUUGUUCAGGAAUAGUUAAAAAAAAAGCACUUAUAUUUCUCAGAGCUUCGAACGAUAAAGCCAUUGUACUGUUAAUGAAUUCUUCUAACAGCUGGUCAUUAUGUUAAAGAAUAAAACGGAGCACUAAGUUAACUUGCUGCUUCAACUCGUUUAAAGCCAAACCCACAAUAAUACAGUUUCAUGUAGUAAUAGUAAUAGUAUCCACCGUCCUAUUUUUUAGUUUAAAAAUGCUAAACAAGUGUUAGGCUGGACUAAAACUAAAUAAAAACUAGUUACAGAGGCUGACGAACUCAAUUGUAAACAAAUAAAAUAAUAAAGUCAAGUCUUUUUUUUUUUUUUUUUUUUCUGGGUACUCCUUUUCCAUUACAAUUUUCAGUCUAGAUGCUGUUUUACUGCCUGUGGAGUGGUUGGAUUCAGAUGUCGUAGAUGAAACUGUAUUACUGUGGAUAUUAUUUUAAAUUUUGGCUAGAAAGCAAAAGCUGUGUUUCCUAAAUAUAUUUUCUUCAUGUGACUGAGCUGGAGGUCUUUGUAGUAUACCACAGUCACAGCUCCAAGAGGUCUGAUUAAAUCCAGUUCCAAAUUUUUUCAUUAUUGAUAACGUACAAUCAUAGCAAACAUUUAAAUGUAGAGUUUCUCUGAGAAUACAAGGUUUGCUGUCAUAUCUCAAAUUAUAAAAUUCAUCCCAGUGAUGACUUUCACACCAACCUGCAAAAAAAGGACAGUCCAGUGAACCAAACAUUGAGGGGACUUUAGUUACGCCAUUUGCUGAGGAAUAUUGUACUUUCUCUUUAGCCAGAGGUGUCAUUUGACUCCUGUAUCAGCACAUUGUAUAUUUGCAUUGAAAUAGCUGGUUUAGUAUCAGAUGGCAUUAGGCAGAUGGCAUCACUUAUAUUUUAUUUCUUCACUGAUGAGCUGAUGAGUAAUGUAUUCAGUGUAGCAUUUAGAUUUGUGAUAAUGACGCAUUCUUAUGUUUGAGAAAAGAUCUGUAUUUAUUUCUGUACCGAGAAAAUAUAAUUUAUUUUCAAGAGAUAAUUUUAAAGAAUAGAGUUUUAGAUGAGUGACUUUCAUUCCUGAUUAGAACCCAGAUUGAAAUGGUCUUUCCUCCUCAGCUGCACUGUCUAAGACGAAAAGUGUGUGAAUCAUUUGCAAUAGUAUUGCUAUGUUUGAGUUGCCUACCCAGUACAGGACUAUUUAAUGUUGUGUUGAGAUGUUAAAGUAGAUUUGAGGACACACGUUACAAUUUAAAUGAAAUAUGUGACAACAGUUGAUUAACCUGCAGGACCAAAAUGUACCUUUGCAUCUCCCUGCUUCCUGUCAUUCUCCCCUCACUUCUGUGAUGAGAAAGCUUUGCCUCUUCACCUCUGAAUGCCGAAUGCUACGAAGAUUUUUCUUAUCAUUAGCUUGUGCCCUUGAUCCUGCUGCCUUAUUCCCAGCCUUUCAUUAUGUGUACUGAUCUUUGCCUGGGCUUAUAAAGUUUAUAAGUGUUCUGAUCUCGAUACCAAGAUGCUUCAGAUUCAUUUUAAUGCUCUGCGUGAUCUUAUGUGACAUAAAUAACAAUAGUCAUAAUAAGCACAUUUAUUUUAACAAGUUUGAGUCACAUUUAUAGUAAUUUUAGUAUCAAAAUGGCCAACAAGUAAAGACUAGAUUACUGUCAAAGAAAAGGGGGCAAUUUGAGACAAUGCCUUUGAAUCAACACGCUGAAUAUGAAACAUUAACUAGUUAGCUUAGCCUAGCAUAAAGAUUGGAGGCAAUUUGAAAAGGGGACAUAGUCCAGCUAUAAACAAUUAUAAGGCUUCUUCAUUAGAGUAUUAUGUUAUCUAUUUUUUACUCUGUAAAAAUCAUGUUUUUUUCAUGUUUUUCUUUGUUUUGGUUAGCAUUUUCCCCACUGUCUCCAUCCUUUGUACUAAGCUAACUUGCUGGUCAAGGUUUUAACUUUUACUUCCAGUUUUUUGGCAAGAAGGGGGGUAUUCCCAAAAUAUCAAUUACUCUGUUUAAUUGUUUUUCUCUUUGUGCUUUGUUCUUAUUGAAAAAACAGUAACUGUGGUAAGCUUGACACUUGUAAGUUGUGAUAACUCUGAUGCAACAGGAUUUUUCUGAAUUUCCUAAAACAAUUCUGAACUUUUUUAUCAUAUCGAACAUUACAGUUUACCAGCUCUAUGCACAUUAUGUUCUAUGUACUAUUUUAAAUUUUAGCUAAAUUUGCUCUGCAGCAGAGGUUCAAGCUGUUUGAAAGCACAAUGUGAGGGGUGUAUACUAUUUAAUCCCUCCACAUUACGGGGACAAAUUCAGACAACAAACUAACCAAAGUCAUUCCCACAAACACUGAAGCUUUGAAAUCUCUGCAUUAUUAGUUUGCAGGUUUUUUUUUGUUUGUUUUUUUUUAUAGUUUAUGAACAUGAAAGACGAUUUAAAUCACACUGUGGCCCAAAACUUAGACAUUUUGACUUAAAUGCUCAUUAACUUUGUGCUAGCAUAAAAAAUAUCUUCAAGUUAAGUUUUACAAAUGGAUUUUACUAAGCAUGCACAUGGAAGCUUUUGUUAUGAUUUUAUCACUGAAACGUCACAAGCUGGCCACAGCUGCUGUUCUAUAUGAAGGAGAGAUCUAUGAAUUAUGUAUAUCCCCCCCUUGCAAGCACAGGUUAGGAGUAGCCUAUUACUUAGACAAAAGAUUUAUAUCAUUUUAUUUAGCCUACAUCCUGCCCACAUCUGCUUUAUUGUCCUUCUUAUAAUAAAGCAAAAUUUAGAAAAUGAUUUUCACUAGAAUUGUGCAAUAAUUUAAUUGAUAAUUAUAUAUAAAUUUGUCUGCAUCAAACUCAUACCCAAACUGACUAAAUUAUUUUCAUGAUUAAAUGUUACUGCACCAGAAUAACACAAAUCAUAUUUGGUUUAAUUUUGGUUAGACUCUGGCAAAAUAGCCCCCUUCCCUUGAUCAAAAUCACCAUACAUAUUAUGGCCUUAGGAAUCACUCAGCAAACUAGUUAAGUUUAAUCAAGGUAUGUGAAACUUAUGUCUUAAAUUGUCCUCUGUGCCUGUUCCCAUUACCUGUACAUUUUCCAAGUCUUUUCUGUAAAGAAAAGGGCAAGUAGUUUGUUUUUCUUUCCAAAUGCCUUUGAUUUUUUAACUGACCUUGAACCACCACAAAGAAUUCUUUGCACCAAAUACAAGAUGUAGUGGAGUGUAUCAAAUCAUGAAUUUAAUUUCAUUCCCAGGUGUACAAAAACCUGAACAUUGGUUCUUUUUUAUGUGAAUUUAUGUUUAUAUCCUUUGCAUGGCUUUUUGGAAAUAUUAAUCACAGCACAGAUUAUUUGUAUGAUUUCAAAUGGACCUCUGUAAUAUAAGAAAAAUAUUUAAUUGUAAUAAAUAAUAUAUGAGUUUGAA